AUGGCCGAGGAGUUAAAUAUUCCAACUGUCGCCUAUCAUAACGUUCAUUAUUGCGAAAAAAAGAAAAAUAUUCUGAAAGAAAUUAUUGUGGCUAACGAAGGAAUGAACGGGGUUCGGCAUUUUCUUUAUAAGGAAGCAACUUUGGAAGAAAGCAAAGACCACUUCGCCGCUUUGCCACCUCAACAUUUACUAACCAAAGAGGAAAUUAUUGAUAAUUGGCUUUUCCUUAAUGAUAAAUAUUUAAUUGAAAAACUUAUUUUUAAUUAUCCCCAACGCCUAGUAGAGAAAAUAAAAGAAGUUAUUAUCCAGCAACCGCCCCUUAAUUAUUCGAAUACCGAAAGUAUUAAACGCGAAGAAAAUGAUUUAAUUCAAGCCUAUACGCAGCGAACUAACGAAAUUUUUGGGGAAAAAUGGCCUACCUUUGUUAAGGAGAGAAUGGAAAAAGAGUGA